UAUGCGAAGGACGUAAGUGGUGGUGAAAGGUUGAUGAGUUAUGAAGAUUUCAUCAACCACUACUUAGGUCUUGGAAUCUCAGACGGAAACGUCGUUCAAUUGCUUGGAAGUUGCGCCGAUAAUUCGAAAAAAGGAGCAAUCUCAUUCAAAGAAUUUUGCGCUUUGGAAUUACUACUUUCCUCUGCUGAUGCCUCGUAUAAGCUUGCCUUCAGAUUAUUUGAUACGGAUGGAAAGGGUGUCGUCACUUUUGAUCAAUUUAGGCAAAUCCUUUCCAGUACUCUUACGAAUCGUAUUGCACCUUUUAAUUUUGAUGGCGAGUUUGUAAAAAGAUAUUUUGGAGAGAAGAAGAAUCGUCAAAUAACUUACUUAGAGUUUAGCGAAAUGGCUAAGCACCUUCGCCAUGAACUAAAUAUGCAAAUAUUUAAACAAUAUGAUAAUGACUCAACUGGUACCAUUACUGGCCAUGCAUUCACUGAGCUCAUGCUAGAAACUAAAAAAGAAUUAUUAUCAACGCAUAUUAAACAGAAUUUACCAAAGAUUGUAGGAAGCUUACCGUCAGACAAAGUGAAUUUUGCAUAUUAUUCCGCAUUUAUCGAUUUAUUAUCAAAUAUUGACGUUAUCGAAGAAAUUUUUACACGUGCUGCAGAAGAUUUGGGCAAAGAUAGUAUUACAAAAGAGGAAUUUUUACAAACGUCCCGAUUAUACUCGCAGAUUACACCGUUUGAAGUGGAUAUAUUGUAUCGCCUGUGCGAAGUGGACAAUGGGAAGGGGCAUAUUGGUCGUUCGGACAUCCAACACUUAGUACCUGAGAAUUUACAAAAUUUUCCCAAUAAUAAAGCUACGAAUAUUACUCCUACCUCCCAGGAAGCUGCGGUUAGGUUCUUUACAGAUGUUGCUGAAUCUGUAUAUAGAUUUGCCCUCGGAUCUGUUGCAGGAGCUGUCGGUGCGACCGCUGUUUAUCCUAUUGACUUAGUAAAGACUAGAUUGCAAAAUCAAAGGGGAAAAUUGGUGGGCGAACUCAUGUAUAAAAAUAGUCUUGACUGUUUCGUUAGGGUUGUAAAAGUAGAAGGAUUUUUCGGCCUAUAUCGAGGAUUACUGCCUCAGUUUAUUGGUGUUGCACCGGAGAAAGCUAUUAAGCUAACGAUGAAUGACCUACUUCGUGAUAAAUUGAAAACUAAAAAAGGCGAAUUGCCGUUACUCAAUGAGAUCAUUGCUGGCGGAACGGCUGGGGGUUGCCAAGUAGUAUUUACUAACCCUUUAGAAAUUGUAAAGAUCCGACUGCAGGUAGCUGGUGAAGUUCCAGGCCUACGCUUGGGUGCAGUACAGGUUAUUCGCGACCUUGGAUUGACUGGACUUUACAAGGGUGCCCGAGCUUGUUUUUUACGAGAUAUACCAUUUUCGGCCAUAUAUUUUCCAGCAUACGCUCACUUGAAGCCAGUAUUUGCAGAUAAAAACGGUUCCAAUGGUCCAACUUCACUCCUAGCAGCCGCAGCUCUUGCUGGGGCUCCAGCAGCUUCGUUAUCGACUCCAGCAGAUGUUAUAAAAACAAGAUUGCAGGUUCAAGCACGGAAAGGUCAAACUACCUAUGAUGGAAUAAUCGAUUGUACAAGAAAGCUGAUGAAACAGGAAGGAUUUAGGGCAUUUUGGAAAGGAGCACCAGCUCGAGUGUUUAGAUCGUCACCUCAAUUUGGUGUCACACUUGUCACCUAUGAAUUGCUUCAAAGAUAUCUUUAUGUAGAUUUUGGUGGAACCGCACCAUCAGGCUCUCCAAUGGCUCUUGCACAACAAUCUCUACCUGCAUCAUCGCAAUCCCAUUACAUUUCAGGUAAUCCUGAUCAUAUUGGAGGGAUGAAAUUAGCAGUUGCUUCAUUUGUAGGUCUAGAGACGAAAUUUGGUCUAACAUUGCCCAAGUUUAAGUUACCUUCGUAA